AUGGCUUCUAACCACUUCGCUGUCUCGAACCCACCGACGGACGUGAUAUCGGCAGUCCAAUUUUCCCCGGAGCCAGAUUCAACGCGAUUUGUGGUAUCGUCAUGGGAUAAGAACGUGUAUCUGUAUGAUCUAAGAGACGAAAAUGGCAACAUUGGCGAGGGGAAACUUAUAGACAAGUUUGAACAUCGCGCGCCGGUUCUAGAUGUCUGUUUUGGUCAGAACGAGGAUGAAUUAUAUACCGGUGGGCUGGAUUGGGAUGUUAGGAAGUUAGUACCGGAUGCCGAAGUUGAUGUCUCGAAUUACAGCCAGGGCGUAAAGUCCGUGGUAUACAGCAAAGAGCACGGGUUGGUCGUUUCUGCGUCGUGGGACGUGACUCUACAUAUUCAUAAAGCCGAUGGAAGCAGCGCCCCCGCAACGAUUCCACUGCCAUCGAAACCCUUUUCUCUCUCAGUUACUCCCACCAAACUAGUUGUCGCCAUGGCCUCAAGAACGUUACACAUCUACGACCUCAAAUCCUUAACCACAUUCCUUGAACAAUCCGGUAGCCAACCCCCGGCUCACACACUCGAGCUUGAACCGUGGCAGCGUCGGGAGAGCAGUCUCAAAUUUAUGACCCGGGCUGUGGCAUGCAUGCCCGAUGACGCGGGUUCCAAUGGCAAAUACCUUUUAGUUGGAAUUAGUCCUGGGUUUGAGGACGAGAAGGACGAUGUCCCUGAAGGCUCUGUCAAGGUGAUGAUCCGGGAGCUGAGCGAGACGGAAGCGAAGGGGAAGGGAGCUAAGUAG